GGCAUACUAUUGGAGCAGGUUUCGAGGUUAGGUAAGCUUGUGUACAAAUCGUGCGUCGCAUUCACACGAGUCGUCUUGAGCUCCGCGUAUAUCCGUUAUUUUGUGAGGAAUACUGCAAGGAAAAUUUGAAAUUAAUUGAAAAUAACGAAUAAAAUAAGAAAAUUCAAUCAUGGAUGACGAGGCGGAAACUUACAAGCUUUGGCGCAUCCGUAAAACGGUGAUGCAGUUGUGCCACGAUCGAGGUUAUCUCGUUACCCAGGAUGAGUUGGACCAAACGUUGGAGCAGUUCAAAGAGCAGUUUGGAGACAAGCCCAGCGAAAAACGACCGGCCCGAAGUGACUUGAUUGUUCUUGUCGCCCACAACGAUGACCCCACAGACCAACUCUUCGUUUUCUUCCCCGAUGAGCCCAAAAUUGGUAUCAAGACCAUCAAGACCUACUGUCAGCGUAUGCAGGAAGAAAAGAUCCACAGGGCCAUCAUCGUGGUACAGUCAGGUAUGACGCCAUCGGCCAAGCAAUCUCUUGUAGACAUGGCACCCAAGUACAUUCUCGAACAGUUUCUUGAGUCCGAGCUUCUAAUCAACAUCACAGAGCACGAGUUGGUGCCUGAGCACAUUGUCUUGACUCCGGAUGAGAAAGAAGAACUGCUUACCAGGUAUAAACUUAAAGAGAACCAGCUUAUGCGUAUACAGGCGAACGACCCUGUUGCCAGAUACUUUGGGUUGAAAAGAGGUCAAGUUGUCAAGAUCAUUCGUCCAUCUGAGACUGCGGGACGUUACAUUUCAUACAGAUUAGUGUGUUGAGUGAAAUCUGGCAAUAUUUUUACAAAAAGCCAUGUUUAUAUGAUAUAUUGAAAGUUAUAUCUUGUAUAUAAUUACCACGAGGCAUCAGAACUUGAUGAAACUAAGGCUUUCCGAUCUUGGUAAUUUCCAAAGGAUGUUUAAGUUGUGUAAGAUUAGAUAAUAUUCAAAUGUUUAGCUCAAUUCACUUUUUUAUUGAUGCAAUGACGUUUCUUUCAAACUGUCUCUUUACACUAAGUACUAUGAUGUAUCUGCUCUAUUUUGAUAAAACUUCCCUGUAACUGUUUAAGAGAACAAAACUUGUAAAUAGCAAAACUUUCUAAUAAACUUAAUGUAAGAAAGAUUGUUUUUCAUAACUAUAUGAAAUAAAGAAUAAGAAGUAAUGUAUGCUCUGAAAUAA